GCGCGUUACUGGGGAGCUACACGCAUUAUUUUCGUCGAACAGAGGUAUUAGGUGUUCCUCCAGUUAAGAUCUCCGCUUUGCUUUGAGCUCAGUAUCAAAGGCUCUGUAGUAAAUGACUAGAGCACAGAAUGAUGAAUCCUUCGACCAUUCUCAAAGUAAUCCUGGGUGACAACAGCAGCCAAAGGUUGACUUUCCAAAACGGACUUCCUGGAUCUGUUAAUGAACUUGUUAGUGAGGUACAAAGACAAUGUGGCCUUAACUCACACUUCAGACUACAAUUCAUGGAUGCACUAUUUGGAAAUGAGUUUAUGAAUCUCACUUCAAUAGAUGAAGUACAGAAUAGGGGUACCAUCAGAGUAAUUCCCAUGACAGAAAUCUCACCUUCCACUUCAGUUCCUGCUCCGCACCAACAUGUUCUUGAAGAAUCCUCGUCCCUGUCUAGUGGGAAUGUUGAUACUGACAUACUCUCUUCACCAGAGUCAGAGUCAUCCAGCUCAAGGUAAUUUUGGCCCAGUGUCUUCCAUGUUCCUCAGUUUAGUUAUGAUGCCGAACUCAAACUUGAGCAGGGCAAUGCAGCGUACAGAGAAAAGGGUACAUUGCUUAAUCCAGAUCCAAAACUGAAGUCAAACAUUUUAGAGGGACUGGUGCAAGAAAUAGUCCGCUACAGAGUUUAUGUCACUGAUAAACAGUUUAACAUGGUUGGAGAGGCUCUCAUCUCAAAGCAUCCCUGUCUGACUGAGAAAGGCUCCCUCACUGGAUAUGCUGGAUGGAAAGCUAGCUUGAAGAAUAAACUGGCAAUCUACCGCAUUCACUUGAGGAAGCUGGGGUGUUGUGAGGUGAUGGUAAACUCUCUCAAGCACAAACCAGAAGGCAAAUCAAGUGCUGCUUUUGGCAUCAAAAAACCAAGGCGAUCCAAAGUGAACUAUUGCCCCCCUAUCCUACCGGAGAAACUGAUGUGAGCCUUGAGAGUGUAAGAGUGGAACUUCUUUCAGAUGUUAAGAAAAGGAACAACCGGGAGAUGGUGAGGAUGAAAAUGGAAAAAACAAUUUCAUAUAGGAGAUAUGAACUGGUUCAUGACGCACCAAUUAUACGAGACUUCCAGGCAAGAUGGCCAGCGCUGUUUGAUGUAAGCGAGAUAAAUGCAGAAUUUAAGCGCAUUACCACCAUGCCCCUGCAAUCCAGAUUUCUCUCACAGCUAGAUGUGCUUUCUGACAGACUUGUGAAACUAUUCGAAAAAAGAGGACGACAGAUAGGCAAGCGGCUACAGAGCAUUAUGGCGGACAUGAGUCAAGAUGAUGAUGUUGAUGUUGGGCGGGAAUGCGUACUCAAGGGUCUGUGUGUGUACCUCAAUGAGGAUCCAGAAAAUCUAGUGAGAGAAUACACAGCAGAAGACGAAGGCCUGAACCGAGGAGCCAUUGAGGAGACCACGCUGGGAAUAUGUGUUGUGAAACACACAGAUGCCACUGAUGGACCAGAGGACAUUGGGAUUGUCCUGGAGGGCCAGGUGGUACUGCAUGAUCUGGAUAACGUUGCCUUAGCUGCUGCCAUGUUGUUUGGCCUAAUGUAUGCCUUGAACCUCAACUACCCUCCUGAACUUAACUCGUUCGAAGUGCUCCAGAAGGUUGUGAUGGAGCUGGACGGCAACACACUGUCAAAGAAAGCCCAGGCUCUCAAAAACAGACUCCAUCAGUGAACUGUUGCCAUUUAAUGGCAAGAUGGAUACAACAGUUUCACCAUCUUCUUUUGGAAUAUGGACCAUUGCUGCUUUUUCAUUGGACUGCACUUUUGACACUUAAGAAUUUCACUUGCGCUGCCUUAAAGGAACACUCCGACACAAACCCACACACACACAUAUGCACGCACACAUGCAGACACACAUAUAUGCACGCAUGCAUGCACACACUGCUUUUGACACUUAAGAAUUUCCCUUGCGCUGCCUUAAAGGAACAC